AGUCUGCUGUCGUUCGCAAAAUGGUAUCCGCAGAGAAAAUAUUUUUACGUAAAAUAAAAAUGUCGCUUCACGAGAAAUUCUUAAGUUUCACAAACAAGGUAAAAUUACAAAUGUCAACAUUGAAUACUUCGGUGGAAUCACAAGUUUCCUCAUUCAAAACAAUUUUAAAAGAAACUGAAAAAAAUGUAAGUGUUGCCCUGAAUAAUUAUUCCAGUUAUACGAAUGAUACUUUUUUUAACUUUAGUCAAAACAUCUCAAAAUUUGCCAAUGAAUAUGACUAAAACUUGAAAUGCUUCAAGAUGAAAAUGGACAAAGAAUCCGACCAUCACAGAAAAACUUUAAACAAAGCUAGCGGAGAAAUCCAGCAGCUGAAAACAAGACAAGAAACGCUUCAAGAGAAAGUUAAUAAAGAAUCGGACUAUCACACGAAAACUUUGAAAACAACUAAUGGUGAAAUUCAGCAACUAGAAACAAGAAUGGUGAACGUUGAAAGAAGACAAGGAACGCUUCAAGAUGAAAUAGACAAAAAUUCAGAUCACACGAAAGCUUUGAAAACAACUAAUGAUGAAAUUCAGCGACUAGAAACAAAAAUGGUGAACGUUGAAAGAAGACAAGGUAAAGACGUUUUAAAGACUUUCAUUUCCAUAACAAAUGCCACGGGCAAAACAUUUAUAUACCGUUACUAA